UUGUCUCAAUUAUUUGUUAUAUUAUUAUGAAAUUAAAUGUAUAGUUUUUGAAGGAAGUUUAAAUAAAGAUGGGAAAUGGAUGGUUUUCGGACUUAAAAAUUUAAGUACUUUUAAUUGGAUUAGAUUUCAAACGAAGGAAGCGGAAAUUAUUAAUGAAAAUAAAGAAUCCUUUAAACUUGAACAAAUACUUGCUUUGAAUAAUAACGAUGUUUUUGGUUGUGGAUUGGUUUAUCCACCAACUACUAAGUUAGAUGAGGAAGAAGAAUUUCCCUAUAUGUUUUUUACAUUAAACGGGAAACAGAUUGGCAAAGGUGUUUUAUUGGAAGACAAUUUCUACUCAUACAAACCACGUGUUUACCUCAACUGUUGUUCUAUUGAAACAAAUUUUGGAGAUGAUUUGGAGUCAAAACCGUUUAAAUAUGAUAUUACUAAACAUUCUGUUCAUAAAGAAAUGUAUUAA